AUGUCAGCCUCGGAGACGGCGACCUCUACGACCGCCAUUGCCACCACGGCCGCCGUGAUCACAGCGUCAAUCUUUAUCCUAUCGCGUGAGGUGCUCUGGCCGCGCUGGGCCAAGGUUCUUCGCAGCCCUCUCAAGACGACACUCCCGCGCCUGACCCAGGACGAGACGAAUCAAUUGGUGUAUCAGCCUGAUCAGUUCCCAGGCGCACGCGAUGUCGAAACACCGUAUGGCUCCAUCCGCGUCUAUGAGUUUGGCCCCGAGGAUGGCCAAAAGGUCGUCUUUGUUCACGGCAUUACUACUUCGUGCAUUACCUUGACUUAUAUUGCAAACAAUCUCGCCGAGCGCGGGUGCCGAGUUAUGCUUUUUGAUCUGUUUGGCAGAGGCUACUCUGAUGGUGUCGGUGACAUCCCCCACGACGCUCGUCUUUAUGUUACGCAAAUGCUCCUAGCGCUCGCCUCCAGCCCUCUCUCUUGGUCUGGCGAUGACUCUAUCAAUGUCAUUGGAUACUCUCUUGGCGGUGGCAUCGCCGCUCAUUUCGCCGGUACUUUCCCCAACAUGGUCAAGUCACUGGUGCUGCUUGCGCCCGCCGGACUCAUCCGCGCCGAGCGCUUCGGCCGCAUCACCAAGUUUAUCUUCUCCUCCGGUGUCAUCCCGGAGCGCAUCCUGCACGGUCUCACCAGCCGACGCCUGCAGCAGCCCAUCGCCUCGUCCAGGAAAGUCCCCAAGCAGCCGAAGCCUGUGAUCGGCGGAAACACCGAGGCCGCCGCCAAGGUUGCGUCGGCUGAAGUUCCGGGCACGGUUUUCGGCACCGAGGACUCUCCCAGCCUCCCCAUCGAGCAGCGCGUCACUCACUAUGUCCGCUGGAUGGUCACGCAUCACCUCGGAUUCGUGCCGGCGUUCAUGUCCUGUGUCCGCCACGCGCCACUCACGCACCAGCAGGAAAGCUGGAAGGUUCUCGCCCAGCGCAAGCGCGGCACAACUGCCGUGCUGCUUGCGGAGAAGGAUGAAAUCAUCAAUCUGGAGGAUUAUGAAGCCGACGGCCUUCCUCUGCUGGGCGGUCGUGACAAUGUGUACUGGAAGGUCCUCCCGGGUACUCACGAUUUUGUCAUGACUCAACCUGAAAUCAUUACCAAAGAAAUUGAGCAUUUUUGGGGCUUGAAGGCUCCCAGUGCGUAA